AUGUUGUCAAGAUCAAUUACUCGAAUCUCAAGAUCUGCUUUCCAGCAAAAGAGAUGUUUAUCUUUACAUGAAUUUCGCUCAGCUGCAUUGUUGAGUAAGUACGGUGUGCCAAUCCCCAAGGGGUUCCCAGCUACUACUGCUGAGGGCGCGUACGAAGCUGCUAAGAAAUUGGGUACAAACGAGUUGGUCAUCAAGGCACAGGCAUUGACUGGAGGCCGUGGUAAGGGACACUUUGACUCUGGUUUACAAGGCGGUGUCAAGUUGAUUUCUUCCCCCGAAGAAGCUAGAGACUUGGCCAAACAAAUGUUGGGUCACAAAAUUAUUACUAAACAAACUGGUGCUGCUGGUAAAAUAGUUACUGCUGUUUACAUUGUUGAGAGAAGAGACGCUGAGAAGGAAGCUUAUCUUGCCAUUUUAUUAGACAGAACCGCACAAACGCCGGUGAUUGUUGCAUCUGCUCAAGGUGGUAUGGACAUUGAAGGUGUUGCUGAAAAGGACCCCAAUGCAAUCAAGACUUUCCCCGUUUCACUAGAUGCAAAUCUUCCCAUUGAAAAAGCUACAGAAGUUGCAUCUGCCUUGGGAUUUUCUCAGGAGGCAAUUCCUCAAGCUGCUGAAACAAUUCAAGGUUUAUUCAAGUGCUUUAUAGAGCGUGACUGUACACAAGUUGAGAUAAACCCAUUAUCUGAGACUCCAGACCAUCAGGUGUUGGCAAUGGAUGCCAAAUUGGGCUUCGACGAUAAUGCAGCAUUCCGUCAGCAAGAAGUGUACUCGUGGAGAGAUCCUACUCAAGAAGAUCCCGAAGAAAUGGAAGCUAGUAAAUACGGAUUGAAUUUUAUCAAAUUGGACGGUAAUAUCGCAAACAUCGUUAAUGGUGCCGGUUUAGCCAUGGCCACUAUGGAUAUCAUUAAAUUAUACGGUGGUGAACCUGCUAACUUCUUGGACUGUGGUGGUACCGCGACCCCGGAAACUAUUGAAAAGGCUUUUGAGUUGAUUUUGUCGGAUAAAAAAGUGAAUGGUAUUUUUGUUAACAUCUUUGGUGGUAUUGUCAGAUGCGACUAUGUCGCCAAGGGGUUGAUUGCCGCCACCAAGAACUUCAAAUUGGAGAUCCCCGUUGUUGUGAGAUUGCAGGGUACAAAUAUGGCUGAGGCAAAGAAAAUGAUUGACGAAUCCGGUUUGAAAUUGUAUUUCUUUGAAGAUUUGGAUCCUGCAGCACAGAAAAUUGUUUCAUUGGCUCCAAAGCAAACAUAA